CGGGCGGGUCCCGAGGAGCCGGGAGUUGCGGCGGGGGAAAGAAGGCACCCUCGUUUGCUGGCUUCCGGGCUGGAUGGUGGGCGAUGGCGGCCGAGCGGGGGCUGCCGGGGCUGGAGGCCCAGAGGCGGCAGGUCGAGGGGGAAGGCCCCGCCCAGCCGGGCCUGGAGCGGCCCCUCCGAGCCGGGGAGAAGUGGUAUUUAUUGGAAAACCACUGGUACAAACAAUGGAAAGCCUAUGUGGAAUCUGGAAACCAGAACUCCAGCUCUUUCCCUGGACGGAUCAACAACGCUGAGCUCUUUGAAGAUUUAGAGUCGUACCGUCUGAAGGAUAGGCUGGUGGAGCAUGAGGAAUAUGUUCUGGUGCCGGAAGAGGUCUGGAACAAGCUGGUGAGCUGGUAUGGAACUGAGCAUGACCAGCCAGCCAUUGAACGCAAGGUGGUCGACCUUCCAAGCAUGCAGAAAGUGGAGGUGUACCUGGUGGAGCUUUACCUCUGCCAGCAUAAUGACAUGGACAACUUUGUGAUAUCCCAGUUUAGCCGCAUGGAUGUUAUUGACACAGUACUUAAGGAAGCACGGCGCCAGUUUUGCAUCCCGGCUGAAGAUGAGACAAGGCUCUGGGUGAAAAACUCAGACGGUUCCUGUGAGAGGCUCCGGAACUUGCAGACGACGGUGCUGGAUGCCUGUCUCAGCUCAGGGCAGGUGGUGAUAAUGGAAACCAGGAGUAAAGAUGGCACUUGGCCCAGCUCAAGACCACAUAUCAUGAAGAACUCCAUUGAGGAGGAAGAACUGUAUCGAGGACAGCCGGGAGUCUGUGGCCUUACCAACCUAGGCAACACCUGCUUCAUGAAUUCUGCUUUACAGUGUCUAAGCAACGUGCCCCCUCUUACUGAGUACUUCCUUAACAAUUGCUACCUGGAUGAGCUCAACUUCAGCAACCCCCUGGGCAUGAAGGGCGAAAUUGCUGAGGCUUAUGCUGACCUUAUAAAGCAGCAGUGGUCAGGCCACCACCGCUCCAUCGUGCCCCGGAUGUUCAAGACCAAAGUGGGCCACUUUGCCUCCCAAUUCCUUGGGUACCAGCAGCACGAUUCCCAAGAACUUCUCUCAUUCUUGCUUGAUGGGUUGCAUGAGGACCUCAAUCGUAUCAAGAAGAAAGAGUAUAUAGAGCUGAAGGAUGCAGCAGGGCGACCAGAUGAAGAAGUAGCGGAGGAAGCGUGGCGCAACCACAAGCGUCGCAACAACUCCAUCAUUGUCGACAUCUUCCAUGGGCUCUUCAAGUCGACACUGGUCUGCCCUGAAUGUGGCAAGGUGUCUGUGACCUUUGACCCUUUCUGCUACCUCAGUGCCCCCCUCCCCGUCAGCAAAGACCGUGUGAUGGAAGUCUUCUUUGUGUCCAUGGACCCCUCCAAGAAACCAGAGCAGCACAGAUUAAUUGUCCCUAAAGCUGGGAAGGUGCUUGAUCUUUGUCUUGCCCUGUCCAAGCACACGGAGGUGCCUGCCGAACGGAUGAUGGUGGCUGAUGUGUUCAGUCACCGCUUCUACAAGAUCUAUCAGAUGGAAGAAUCCCUCAGCUGCAUCUUGGACCGGGAUGACAUCUUCAUAUAUGAAGUGUCUGUGUCCCUCCUGGAGGACCCCUCCACCGCUGAUGCCGUGGUGCUGCCUGUAUACCUUCGAGAGCAUGCCCAAGGCCGGGACUACAGCGACACCUAUUAUGGGGUUGUGCUCUUUGGUCACCCACUCCUGGUAUCUGUGCCAAGGGACCAGCUCUCCUGGGAGGCGAUCUACCAGCUCCUGCUUCAUCGUCUCUCCCGGUAUGUGACACAGCCGGACUCUGAAGAAGAGGAGGAUCAGAGUGAGGAAGAUGAGGAGGUAGCUGAGGAAGAUCUCUAUAAUAAGAGGCCCAAUGGCUUGAGUGAAGGGGAGGAUGAAGAAGAGGAGGAGGAAGAAGAAGAGGAGGAGGAGGAAGAAGAAGAGGAGGAGGAGGAGGAGGAGGAGGAAACAGCAGCAGAAGGCUCCAACAGCCAGGAAUCUAGUUUGGAAGCCAAGGAAAAUGCACUGGACACACCUGUGAGGGAGGAAGGGGCUGGAGUAGAGGGGAAACCCAGCCCCAAACCUUCUCCCCAUCGACACUCUCACUCGCCCCAGACACCAUCUUCCAGCCCCAGCCCUCCAACAGCUAACCAGGCUAAACGCAAAUGUCGCUUGCCGCAAAAGCGACAGAAGUUGCUCUUCACCCUCCAUCACGUCAAUUCGAACGGUACCAGCGAUCGAAUGGCUAGCCAAGAUGAGGGCAGCAGUCUUUCCUUUAAUUCCCAACCCUACCUUGCAAUGGAUUGGGAUUCUGACAUGAAGAAGCGCUACUACAAUGAAGCUGAGGCUGAGGGCUACGUCAAGCAUGAUUGCAUGGGCUACAUGCUAAAGAAGAACCCAGUUAAGCUGCAGGAGUGCAUUGAACUGUUCACCACUGUGGAGACUCUGGAGGAGGAGAACCCCUGGUAUUGCCCUACUUGCAAGAAGCACCAGCUGGCUACCAAGAAGCUGGACUUAUGGUCGCUGCCAGAGAUCCUGAUUAUUCACCUCAAGCGCUUCUCCUACACCAAAUUCUCCAGGGAAAAGCUCGACACCCUUGUGGAGUUCCCCAUUCAGGACCUCAAUUUUUCUGAUUUCAUCAUCAAGCCGCAGAAAGACAAUGACGCCUCGCUAUACAAAUAUGACCUCAUUGCUGUAUCCAACCACUAUGGCGGCCUGAGAGAUGGCCACUACACAACGUUUGCACGGAACAAGGACAGUGGGACGUGGUUCUACUUCGAUGACAGUAGCGUCUCUGCAGUUUCGAAGAGCCAAAUUGAGUCCAAAGCUGCCUAUGUCUUGUUCUAUCAGCGCCAGGACAAAAUCCGCCACCCGGUUCCCCCCGGUGCUGCUGUGGCUACAAGCACUGCUGUUGGCCCAGACCGAGAGGAUUACGGGGCCUGCUGCAACCCUCAUCCCAGCGAGCAAGACAGUCGGGACUUUAUGGACGUAGACUGACCGUUGCCCUGCCUGCCGCCCUCCUUUGGGAAGAGGAGUGGGAGUAAAAGAGCCAUGUUGGAGCUUAUCCAGUGGCAGCAGCUGGAAGGCAGCAGCUCUAGGAAUAGCAGUUCUAAGAGCAGGGACAUGGGACUGGAGAGGCAUGACUGCCCCCCAGUUGCCUUCCUGUGCCCUUUGCUUUGCACACAGCUUCCCCACCCUGAAGGGAAAGGCUUGUUCCUGCCCCCUCACCCCACCAAACACACACAUACUUUACAGGGCCAGUGUCUUUGCACCAGCGUUUUAUAAAAUGUAAGGGGAGGACCUCUUUCCUCUCCAACCUCUGCUUUUCCAUUUUAAAAGUGGGGAGCUUUUCUCAGGGCCUGACUGCCUCUCCCCCCAGCAUUUCCAUGAGCGCUGCACUGUGCUGCCCAUCGUCCCUAUAGCACUAGGUCCUCCUCCUCACGUUACACUUUGGCAUCAGGGGAGCGGCCUGUGACUCAGUGUCCUUGUCCGCAGUUAGUGGUUGCUGGCUCUGGGAGGAUUUCUGUCAUCUGCAGUCCAUUGGGACACUUCCCCUUGCAUCCUGCCAUGUGUCCUUCUUUCGGGCACAAAAAGUAGCCCCUUGUGUUCUUAUCCACCCCACUUAACCUCCCAAGUGCCUCCAUUUAUUCCUCUGUCUACCAACUUAGAGCAAUAAAUCCCAAGCUGCUCUGCACCCACUUCCUUUUUGUACUGCCAGCAGCCUCUAGGCUUCCUUUUCCUAGUGUUCCCUGGUUCUGAAGUUUGUGAUCCAUGUUGCUUCCAGACUUUGCUUCCGAGUCUUUCUGGGAGAAUGGAGCAGCUCUCGGACCGUACGGUCUGCCAUGAACUACACUGUCGAAGAGAGUGGAGGAGGAAUUGAAUUGCCAUCCAUCACAAGUGACUCUGGAGAUUCUCUCUCUUCAGUAACUGACCCAGUUUUGAGGCCUGGGAUUUUACAGGCCAACACUUAGCCCAGGGAAGUAUUUGACUUUUUUGCCCCUUCUGCCCUUCCCCACGCUGAAUGUCACUGCUGCUUCCAGGCUCAGGGAUUGCGCUAGUUUGUAAAUAGGUGUCUGCGUGCAAUGCGAGGCAGGGCUGGACAUCAACUGAGGCAUUGUUGGCCAGGCAGGGGACACUCAACUGCCUGCAGAAAGCACAUAAGUGUAUUUUCUUAAAAAGAGUUUUGGAAGAAGAUUCCUUCACUUGACUUGUUUUUUUUCUUUUGAAUUUUUUUUCGCAGAAGAAAAUAUUUUUGGCAUGUGGCAAAACUUGUAUAUAAAAGUAACUUCUUUUGAAUGGUA